AUGCAAUGGCUCUGGCUGUUGAUUCAAUCAGUUCCUUGGAGGGACGCUCGGAGCCCGGUUGCCGAUAGAACAUUUGCUGCCGAAAUACAUCAGUUGACCGCGUCAAGGAAGGAGGUCCACCUGGCCACUGGUGGAGCGAGACCUACGGGUCAGCUCGCCACGCCUCGAUUUGUGCGUGGAUGA